AUGACUGACGACUGCAACCCCGCAAGCGAGUUCCAGGACGUCGAUCGCGCCGCCCUCAUCCAAGCCAUCAGCGAGAGAACGGGUGUUACUCACGUUGACAAGGCUACAUGGGCCUGCUUUUGGCUUGCGGAUAUUCACCGUCUGCGUCGCAUCGUGGAAAAUUUAGGCAGGGACCCUCGAAAGAGCAACACGAUAAAGCACGCCAUCAGCAAUGGCCAUGCCGUGACGGCCUUGUGGACUUAUACUGGACGAAGAAGGGAACCUCGUCCAGCUGCUGAUAGUACACCCCAAGCUGCGCAGAGAAAUGAAAAUGGUCGAACACCAACACCAACAUCACGAGGGCCCGUUACUCCAACCAAGAGACGCGCAAGUUUAAUGACCAGCUCGCAGAUCGACGGCGCUACCGAUCAAUCACCUGUCAAAAAGGAGGACAUGAAUGUCAGAGAGUGGCGUAAUCUCUCGGUCCACGAUGUAGGUGCAUCUAUCCUGCCAAGAAGCCAAAGCCAGACGCAUUCUGAGAAGCUCCAGUGCAUCAAAAGAGACAGAGAAAUGUGUGUCGUUACUAGAGCCAGCGAACCCGUUGCGGCCGUAACAAUCUUCCCACCUAGCCUUGGUUCAACCAAGGGAGGAAGCCCGGAAACCUUGACGGACUUCUGGGACUUCCUUAAGCUGCUCUGGGGGUACGAGGCUGUGAAGCAAUGGAUGUCCCUCGCAUCACCUGCGGAUACCAAAUGUCAAACCUGCUCGAAUCUCGUCACAAUGUCAUCCCACGUCGAACAACUCUGGAGACGAGGCCGAUUUGCCUUGAAACCCAUCAAGCUCUCUCCCGACAGGAAAACCCUGGAAGCUCGCUUCUUCUGGCUGCCCAAAUGCAAAUACUCCGCCGAGGUGCCCCUUACUACUGCCCCAGUUCUGCCUGGGAGCAUCCUUGAAGGGCCUGGGCAUACGAAGCUCUUCGAUUGCUUGACUGGCCAUGCGAUCCCCAGUGGGACUGGUGCAAAGGGCAUAAUCACUUUCCGGACAAGUGACCCUGAUACAUUACCUUUGCCUUCGAUCGAAUUGUUAGAAUUGCAAUGGCUUUUUAACAGGAUCGUUGCGUUGAGCGGCCUCGUCAAUUGA